AUGCUCAACUUACAUAGCAUUUGUCCUGCAGCCAAGGAUUAUGAUGAUGAUUCAUUUCCACUUUGUGAAGGCCAGGCACUUCUCUUCAAUGAAGAUGGUGAUUAUUACAUGGGCAGUGUGUGGGGUGGAUUAGGUCUUGGCAAUGAGCAUGUGCAGCAACUCAAUGAACUGGACAAUGAUGACCCUGUUUUGGAUGAUGUCAAUGAAGAGGCAGCUGUUGUUUUAAUGGCUUUUUCAGAUGACAAGGGGCAGAAUGACUCUGACACUGACUGGUAG